AUGCACGCGCACGCGCCCCCCUGCUCCAUGCCUCCCCGCUCGCGCGAGCUCUUCCGCCCACGCACGCCCGCGCUCGCGAGCAGCCUCGCCCGCGCUGCUCCUGCCGCUGCGUCGUUGUCGGUCCUCUGCCACGCCCCGCUCACCCCCUGCUGCAAGCCCCCCUCCACCUCGCGCGCGCUCGCGUCCUGCGCGCGUGACCGCCCGGGGCCGGCUCGCCGCGCCCCGCUGCUCCCCGCUGCCCCCGCCGUCUGCCCUGCGCCGCCGCCCCUUCACAUGGCCUCGCCGUUCGUCGGCUGCUCCUCGUCGCACCCGUGCAAGCCCCCUGGCCGCGGACCCGCGCUCCCCGCAGCGACAGCUCCUCCCCUCGCCAGCACGCGCCCGCUCGCCACCUACCGCCGCCAUCCACAGCUCCUCCCUCGCCGGGCCUCGCCCCCUCCGGCCCGCGCACGCCGCGCCGCUUAG